AUGGGGAUAGAACACGCCAACGACCCAUCGCUCGAGCGACAUACGCAAGCAGCAGCGAUAUCAGAUGCAUCAACGACUUUUGAUGAGAAACCCAGUCACCAGGCGUCUCUGGAUUCACUGCACAGCGCGAGCACCUCUGUGGCGAAUCGGGACCAAGAGAAAGGUCAGCACGUGACUGAAGCUACGGAUGAAGAACGCGCUGCAGGUUUAGGGACGACGCUGGAGCCUGUCCGAUCAGCGCAUCCUAGCGUGAAGGAUGUCUCCAAGAUCCCAAAUGGAGGCUUAUGGGCGUGGUUACAGGUACUGGGUGGAUUUUUUCUGUUAUUCAAUUCUUGGGGCAUCAUCAACACAUUCGGAUCGUAUCAAGCCUACUAUGAGACCAACCUACUUGCCGACUCGAGCCCUUCGUCUAUAUCAUGGAUCGGUUCCAUCCAGGCUUUCCUCCUUCUCUUAGUCGGCGCACUCACUGGCCCAAUCUAUGAUGCAGGAUAUUUUCGCGAACUACUCAUCGUGGGAAGUGUCAUGUUGGUUCUGGGCCAAAUGAUGCUCAGCCUUUGUCAUACGUACUGGCAAGUACUCCUCGCGCAGGCCUUCUGUAUAGGUAUUGGGACAGGCUGUUUGUUCAUCCCCAGUGUGGCUAUCCUCUCCACGUACUUCUCCACCAGGAUCGGAACAGCUAUUGGACUCGCCGCAUCUGGAUCGUCGUUUGGAGGUGUCAUUUAUCCCAUCGUAUUCCAUAAGCUUCUCCCCCAGAUUGGAUUUGCAUGGACGACGAGGGUUUUGGGCUUCAUUAUCCUCGCCACCAUGAUCAUACCAAAUGUAUGCAUGCGCGUCCGCGUCCUACCAGCAAAAUCACGCUCGCUUCUCGAUCUUCGCGCCUUCUUGAUCCCAGCGUAUAGUCUUCAAGUUGCUGGAUUCUUUCUCGGGUUCAUGGGACUGUAUAUGCCAUUCUUCUACGCACAAGUCUACGCCAUCCAGGAACAUAUUACCAACGAGAGUCUGGCCUUUUACCUUCUCGCUGUCAUGAACAGCACGAGUGUGUUUGGUCGUAUAGUACCCAACUUGGUAUGCUUCUCGUCCCCCUAUCGUCUCACUAUUCAUUACAUUUGA